CAGCGCAAUGGGCCACACUAAAGACUGCAGCUUAACUCUCUCGCACACAUAACAACAGUCUGCACACGCGGAGAUAAAGACACAGGCAACAACAGUAACAUCAAACCUCUCCUUUACCGAGCGGUCAUCUCGUAAAGAUCCAUUACACGCACUCGUCAAACUUUUAUGCCCGUCUCAUCUGUACAUGGAAUCCGAAGAGUUGGAGCAGAAAAAGGAAAGAUCAUACAUUCUAACCUAAAUGACGCUUUAAUCCGGAGAAGGGAAUUUGGACAGCGACUCGGGGUGACCGCACAGCCGACAGUGUAUGUGGUGUCGAGAGGAAAGAGAGAGGACCUGACCCAUACCGUCCAGUGUGUGCUUUUUCUCUCUUUUCUUUCUUUUCCGGUGAAAGGGAAGACUCGAAGACGUUUGCCGUCAUUUGACACAACGUACGGACUGCCCGAAGGCAACCCGGUGCUCCGUUCCUGUAAAACUUUUCCAACAAUUCGAAGGAGUUUAUUGUUAUUCUAACGGACUUCAGGAGCCUAUACGAACAUUAAGCGGGGCCGGCAAUACAAUAACUGAACUGCUGAACAGUUUUUUUUUUCUUUGCCGUUUACGUAUUCAGAAAAAAACAAAAAAACACUUGCCUUCAAAAACGCUGACUUUACCCACCGUUUCACCGGGAAUGAAAUCCACCCGCCAGGAACUCUUGUAGCCUAAUAAAGGACGACGUAAAUGCACGUGAAAUGUAGGAAAUAACCUAAAAGGACGACUUAGUAAACAAUUUUGUAGAAAUAAAACUAGGAGGACCCUCAUAGUCCCCGAACCAGAGAAUGAGAGAACAUUCAUGGGACAGUCGUCAAUAGAAACCAGAGAACGCGAGACAAUGAAUGGAAAAAUAUGAACUCAUUUGAUAAAGUCUGUAUUAGUCCGUCAUUAUCAACGUAGCAUUUAAAGCCAGUGGAACAUACAACAACGAUGACUGAAGUGUGGGACAGAAAAGACCAAACAAGCUCGCGAUGAAUCUCGAACUUAAGAGGCAAAACUCCACAAAAAAGGAAAACAGUCUGACCUUCCACAAGUGAAGACCCCCUAAGUGUAGGGCGUAAUACACGGUGUAUUCGUUGUCGGAGGAGGUGGACAGCGAGCAGGGAGACAGAUAGUUUUGAGAGCGAAACAGCUAAUUGCUGAGUCCGUCCCUCAUUUCCAUAUCUAGUGCGUGUCCGCUGGAUUUCAGCCAAUCCCCCUCACACAGCACCAUUAAUCGCAAUGCAUUAUUCACUAUCAUAAUUAUAUACCGACAUGCGCAAUCCACACAACAGCAACACCAGCUAAUUUCCGUAAUUUUGCAACUCGACUAUUUGUGAACAUUUUUUUAUUCGCUCGCUGCUGAUGUAUCUGCAAAAAGCAGAAACAAGUCUCAGCGUACCAGCAGCAUGUCCCGCCGCAAGCAAGCAAAGCCACAGCAUCUCAAAUCGGACGAGGAACCGACACUAGCAGGGGUAGUUUCAGAAAAUGAUGUAGUGGAUGAAGAACUAUGGAUGAAGGCGGGUGCUUUAAAAAAUGUUGCAGCUCCGGGGGAAGGAGUGGACGAUGCAGACAGUGGGAACGAGAGCCGGAGCGGGAGUGAAGAGACCCACGUGUGCGAGAAGUGCUGCGCCGAGUUCUUCAAGUGGUCUGACUUCUGCGAGCACCUGAAGAGCUGCACCAAGAACCCCCUGGUUCUGAUCGUGAAUGAGGACGAGGCGACGCCCGACACGCAGGAGUACCCUGCCGAGCUGUCCCCGGCUCCCAGCUGCCCGAGCGACCCGGCCGAGAGCGAGGACGCCGAGGACAGCCGAACGGCCACCGAGGGCGACGAUGGGUGCGCGGAGCUAGCGCUCCAGGGCGUGGCCGAGAAGGAGGACGAGCCCAUGGAGGUGGAAGAGUCCCCCGAGAAGACGGUCGAGCCGGAGGAACCGGAGGCCUCGUCCCCGCCGGACGUUCCCCUACCUCAGAUCGACGCCCCAUCCUCUCUGACCAGCUACGCCAUGCCAAACACUAACGUGACCCUCGAGACCCUCCACAGCACCAGGGUGGCCGUGGCCCAGUUCUCUCAGAGCUUCCGGGCAGUGACCGGCGGGGUGCCCACUGUGGCCAUCCCCAUGAUUCUGGAUCAGCUGAUGGCACUGCAGCAGCAGCAGAUACACCAGCUUCAGCUCAUUGAGCAAAUCCGCAGUCAGGUCGCUAUGAUGAACAGGCAGCCCCUGCAGGCUGCCUUGGCCUCCUCCUCCACCUCCUCCGCUGGCCCCCAGGGCCCCUCCUCAGUCCCCACCCCAAGCCAGCUCCAGCUGCAGGGCUUCAUCACACCCCCUGUCCACCAGCUGCCCAUUAGGAUGCCCCCUUCGGUUAACGGGCAAACCUCUGUUUCACUAACGUCUGCCCUGGAGGGCCCACAGUCCCGAGUCUCGCAGGCCAGCAGCGGGCAGUCCAACCCAGGGAUAAACAACAGCACUUCGGCCUCGGUCGGAUCCAGCCUCCCUCCUUCUGGCUGUGGCACAAUCUCCUCUUCUCUGCUGCCCCCCUGCUCUCUCGCAAGUACGCACACAAACGGUGGGGGAAGUGCAACUGGCAGCUCCUCCUCCUCCCAACCGCGCCACUCAUCGAGCCCCCCCUCGCUGGGGCACAGCAGCCUCCUCAGCUCAUCUUCCAACUUGCCACUGCUACCUCAGAGCUCCUCCAGUAGCGUCAUCUUCCCUAACCCACUGGCCAGCAUCGCUGCCACCGCCAACGCCCUGGACCCGCUCUCCGCUCUGAUGAAGCACCGCAAGGGGAAGCCGCCCAAUGUCUCGGUGUUUGACACCAAGCCCAGCUCUGAGGACCCCUUCUUCAAGCAUAAGUGCAGGUUCUGCGCUAAGGUGUUCGGCAGCGACAGUGCCCUGCAGAUCCAUCUGCGCUCUCACACCGGGGAGAGACCCUUCAAAUGCAACAUCUGUGGUAAUCGCUUCUCCACCAAGGGAAACCUGAAGGUUCACUUUCAGAGGCACAAAGAGAAGUACCCCCACAUUCAGAUGAACCCUUACCCGGUACCAGAAUACCUCGACAAUGUGCCCACAAGCUCUGGCAUCCCGUAUGGGAUGUCUUUGCCACCUGAGAAGCCUGUGACCACCUGGCUGGACAGCAAGCCUGUAUUGCCGACCGUCCCCACCUCAGUGGGCCUCCAGCUCCCCCCCACUUUGCCCAGCAUGGGGGGCUACAGUGAUUCUCCAAGCCUCACACCCUUAAGCAGGUCACCACAGAGACGCUCCCCCGAUUCAAGCGAAUGCACGUCCUUGUCUCCCAACCUCAUCAAUGCUGAGACUAGUCUGUCUGCAGCUUUGGAGUCUCCGCAGCCUAACCUCAUUCCAGAUGGGCCCCCUGUCCUGAAACCAGAGGGGAUUCACCUGCCCCCCACCUGCACGACUAGGCUGGGAGAGAGCACUGCCACAGUGACUCAAGUCACCCUGUCGGCUACCGUCACAACCACGACUACAACCUCACAGGUUGCCGAACCCAUCACCCCGCCCUCCUCAGUCUCCAACCCUGUACUUCCAAUGAUUUCUGAUCAGUUCAAGGCUAAGUUUCCUUUCGGGGGCCUCCUUGACUCUAUGCAAACUUCAGAGACUUCGAAGUUGCAGCAGCUGGUGGAGAACAUCGACAAAAAAAUGACCGACCCCAACCAGUGCGUCAUCUGCCAUCGCGUGCUCAGCUGUCAGAGUGCCCUGAAGAUGCACUACCGCAUCCACACAGGGGAGAGGCCCUUCAAAUGCAAGAUAUGCGGCCGGGCGUUCACCACUAAAGGCAACCUGAAAACACAUUUUGGUGUGCACAGAUCCAAGCCCCCUCUACGGGUCCAGCACUCAUGCCCCAUCUGUCAGAAAAAGUUCACCAAUGCCGUGGUCCUGCAGCAGCACAUCCGCAUGCACAUGGGAGGUCAGAUCCCCAACACUCCUUUGCCUGAGGGCUUCCAGGACAUGGACACUGAACUUUUUGACGAAAAGAGCUUAGAUGACAUGAGCAGCUAUGAUGACGAUCUGCUGGAUGAAAUGGAGCAGUCCAUGGAGGACGAGGCAGAGUUCAAGGAUGGAGACUUCGACCCCUCCAAACCCCUCCUCCCUUACUCCUGCAUGUCUCCGAACUCCCCGCCCUCUGUAAUCUCCAGUAUUGCUGCCCUGGAAAACCAAAUGAAGAUGAUUGACUCCACCGUGAACAUGACCCACUGUUUUGGUGGGCUCAAGUCAGCGACAGAGAACGGUUUCAUGGAGAAUGAUCGCCUGACAAAUGACUCUUCCUCAGCAGUGGGUGACCUGGAGAGCCAGAGCCCUGGGAGCCCUGCAAUGUCUGAGUCCUCUUGCUCCAUGCAGGCCCUGUCUCCUGCCCCUAGCCACGCUGAGAGUCUUCGCUCCAAGUCGCCAGGUGCCAACAUCCCUGACGGGACUCAGGAGACACCUGCCACUGUCAAGUCGGAGAAAUCAGAGACUCCCUCACCCGCCCCUGUGCCUGAAAAUGGAGGGGCACUUGAUCUAACUGCUACCCCACCCGGCAGACCCUUCAUCAAGGAGGAGAGUCCGUUUGGAAUGCUGUUUCUGAGCAGAGAUCGUGGCCCAAGCCAAAGCACUCCGAGUCUUGUUACCACCGCACCCAGCAUGAUCAAAAUUGAGAUGAACGGGCACAGCAAGCCGGUCCCCAUAAGCGAAGGCCAACAUCUGCCGGUUGGCAUCCAGGUUUCCGUGGCACCCCAGACAACAAUGAGCCCCAGCAUCACGCCCAUGCUGGCGCCGCCACCUCCCCGCCGGACCCCCAAGCAACACAACUGCCACUCGUGCGGGAAGAACUUCUCCUCCGCCAGUGCCCUGCAGAUUCACGAACGCACGCAUACUGGUGAAAAGCCUUUCGGCUGCACAAUCUGCGGUCGAGCGUUUACCACAAAAGGAAACUUGAAGGUUCAUAUGGGUACCCACAUGUGGAACAAUGCCCCUGCCAGGAGGGGGCGCCGCCUGUCAGUGGAGAACCCCAUGGCUCUGCUGGGCGGCGAUGCCAUGAAAUUCGGCGAGAUGUUCCAGAAGGACUUGGCAGCACGGGCCAUGAAUGUGGACCCCAGCUUCUGGAACCAGUACGCCGCAGCCAUCACCAACGGCCUGGCCAUGAAGAACAACGAGAUCUCUGUCAUCCAGAACGGUGGCAUUCCCCAGCUUCCUGUCAGCCUGGGUGGGGGCGCCAUCCCCUCGCUGGGGAGCCUCUCCGGCGGCAUGGACCGGGCGCACACCGGCAACAGCCCCCCCAUGAUCGGCCUGGAAAAAUCCGGGAUGGAGGUGGGACCCGGCCGCCCAUUUUCUAGAUUUAUCGAGGACAACAAAGAGAUCGGGAUCAAUUAAUAAAGCAAAGGAGGGUAAGGAGAAAGGAAAGGAAACAAAAGAACAAAAACAAGACUGCUUUAAGAUGCAGAAGGCAACCGUUUCAACUCUAUGUACUAUAUUAUGUACAGACUAUGUUUUUUCGGUUUUUGGAACUAUAGUAUUCGGUAUUUGGUAGAGAUUGGUCUAUCCUGCUCAUUGCUCCUUGCUGUCUUUCUCAUGCAAAGAAUACAUUGUUUCUUGUUUGAGAAUCUGUUGUCUUGCAAGAUUUGCAUGGUACUUCUUUGGUUCCUAUCAGUAUGUUUGACUGCAUUUGAGGAUUUUGUUUUACCCUAAAUAUCUUUACGCAUUUGAUGAACUAGCCUCUAAUUUGUUAGGCUGAAAUGAUGAAAGAGGUCUGGGUUUUCACUGCGAAGAGUGACUGGCCUUUGUCUAGUUCCUUUGUGGUUCAUGGAUGCUUUUUACAUAAGGACCUUGAACUUAUGAGGUUAAAGUACAUUGUUUUAGUGCUCGCCUAAUAUUUUUUCUCAUGAAGUAGAAAACUUGAAAACUGUUUAAACUAUUUUAAUCUUUACAUUUAGUCCCCCGACAUUGUCUUAUAUUAAUGUCAAGUGUCUUUAGUAUUUAUAAUAUUGAAAAAAGCGGGUAUAAGAAAAUAUAUUUAAUAGCCCCAACAUUUUAUUGAUCUUUUUUUUUUUUCUUAACUGCAGACUUAAAAUAUAAAUGUCUCUUUCAAUAAAGACAAAAAUGUCAUUUCAUCUGAAAAAAGGGAACAUUGUGAAGUCUUAUUUGGAAAUCUGGCAUGAUCGUGUGUACCACCAUGGUACAAGUAGAAUUUGAGGUAUUGUAAGCUGCUAUUUUGACAUUUGUGGUAUCACUAGGCAACAUUUGUAAAAUUGUCUGAAAGAAUAUUUUCUAAUAAUUACAGACAAAUCUUAAAUGACCAUCUGUGUAUACCUUGUGGUACAUUUAUGUCUAAAAUGAAAGACAUCCUAUUCAUUGUUUUUGUGUAUGCACUUUUUAAGCAAAAGGUUUGUCUGUAAUUUCUAACCUGUGACCAAGCUAUCACAUGUCAUUUUAAUCUCUGCGAUUUGUGCUUUUGCCAAGUCAUAGCUUCUUCCCCUACAUCUUCAAGACAGUUUUUGAUAUAGUAUCAUUAACGAAAGGAAAAUGUUGAUUAUUUGCAAUUAUUUUUACCCUCGUUUGAUUCUUAAGCCUAAAUGUGGUUGUCCAGCUUUUUGACAGAGCACUUUUAAUGCAGACCAGAUCUUGCAUUUUCCCUAAUGAGAUGACAAGGAAUUUGUAAAAAUGAAAAAUUCACAGGGGCAUCAUAAAAGAUACAUGUUCAAAGAAUAAAAAAACCCUGUAUAAUCAUUAUAUAUCACUUCAAAUUAUUUUGACCACUUUAAAACUUUGACUGAUUCGAUAGCAAUGCUUUCAUCAAUUAUAUAUUAUUUUUGGGUAGCAUAAGCAUAGAAAUAGCCGGAAAUCUCACAUUGUUGGCUUUCCCUCCACUCCCAAGUAAAAGACUGAAUUACUUAAAACUUUAACUAACCGUGUAUGAUUUUGUAUACUACCUCAUUUUUUUGUUGUUUUGGGUCAGCAUACAGCAUGGUGGAAUUGAAGAAUAAGGAAAACUUCCUCAUGUAACCAACUGUACGAGUGAACCGUGAUAUUGUAACAUCAAAGCUCGGGGGGUGACCCCUUUUCCCCCUUUAAUGAAAAACAGGACACAAACCCCCAACAACCUUUUUUUCUGACUCUGGGAUGGGACGAGUAAUCUCAUUUGAGGACAAUCACAUGUAAGAAUUGCUCCGGUUUAAGGAGAUGUCCUGCUGUCUUGUGAUUUACUAAUUAAAAAAAAAAGAAAAACACAACAGCAACAACUAAACGAUGACACAGUUUUUGAAUAUUUCUGCAGUAUGUUUACUUUUACCAGAAAAAAGUGAGGAAUCAGCACAUAAGCAAUGAUUCUUUGUGUGUCAUGUGAAAUCUUAUUUCCAUCACUGGGAUGAGAAAAUGUACACAGGAUGUGACUGACACAAAAAAGUCGGAUGGCAAAAUAAUGCUGUAUUGAAUCUGAUGGAUGACUGAUUGUUGAAAGUACAGCUCAGACCGGGACCCAUUUUGUUUUAAGAAGCGGGGGUGGGGGUUCUGAAUGUUCCUCCCAGCAUGGUGAAAAGAGACUAUUUUUAUACUGUGAUACCAUGAGGAGUAGGAGGCCUCCUCUACCCCUGAACUGCUUGGGAAUUGAAAUUCAGAUACAAUAUUUUUAAUUGGUAUAAACCUUCGUGGCUUGACACAUCUACUGAGUGAAAUGGAUGUUGUAGUCUAGGUUACUAUUUUUGUCAUGUGAAAUUGAAUAAAAUCCAGGAAGCUAAUAUUA